UAUAUGGACAGGUGCUUCUUCACCAGAUAAAAGGCAGCCCAUCCCAGACACAGCAAGUUAUACUAGACCCAGAGUGCAUUAUUGGAUACGCUGUAUCAUCUUUUCAGCAACUGCUUCAUUUGAGCCAUCAACCCUUUUUCUUACCUUUCCAACUGCCUUGGCCCUUCGAACCUGAUCCGCUGGGAGCGAGGCGCCAAAAUGACUCAAAACAAUGACAGUCGUGGAGCCAGCCUCUUCCGGAUUCUCCUCCUUUUGGGAGCGCUGGCUCUCCUAGGCUCGGCCGUGCCCAUCACGGCUCCAGACAUUGGUGGCCUAGGCGCUAUCACCGACGGUAGCCUUACUGAUUCUGCCGAAAUUCUCGCCGCUGCACUUCACAAAGACCAGACGGACCUUUCCAGAAGGGGAAUUCUCGACUUCUUCAAGAAGCCCAAGAACCCGGGCCCGCAGACGCCGCCUCCUUCAGGCCCUGCUCCGAUACCGAAUAAGCCUGGAAUUCUCGAUGGUAUCAAGAACAUUUUCAAGCCCAAGCCCAAGCCAAACCCGGCCCCGGCCCCGCAGACGCCACCACCUGCAGGUCCUGCUCCGGCACCUAAGAAACCUGGAAUUUUCGAUAAGAUCAAGGACAUUUUCAAGCCCAAGCCCAAGCCAAACCCCCCCACUAGCAACCCCCCUACUAACAACUCCCCUGCUAACAACCCCCCUGCUAACAACCCCCCUGCGGCUAACCCGAAAUACCCCAGCGGAGGGGAGCUGACCGCCAUAAAAGCCGAUGUCCAGCGGCUCGCGCCCUACUCCAAGCCGAACCAGCCGCCCGCCGACAAGUCCGUCUUCUUCACGGGCACCGGGGGUGCGCAAAAGAGCAACCAGAUCAAGGCGGCCAUCAAGAAGGAGGGGCUCACGCACCUGGGCAUGAUCUGGAAGGAGCAAGACAAUUUCCUGGUCCGGAAGAACUACAGGGCCGAAUCACAGCCCGCCUUUGACCAGCUCAUCCGGGACAUCUCAAAGUUCUUCGCCAACCGGACAAAGGGGAAGAGGGCGUACCUGGUCAUGUCGCACCGUGCGCAGGCCGCCAGGAACAGUAUCUUUUGGAGCGUCGAGCUCGACGAGCUGAUUAACGGCAACCAUAUCGACACCAUCGUCUGGCUCGACACGGACAAGGUACUCACGGAUCCUACGUACGACUGGAAUGCAGAAACAGAGGUUUACUGGCAACGUGGGAAGCCCAAGCCGCCGGGAGUUUAGGCACGGAGAGGUAAGUAAGAAACAGUCAGCAGGGAGAUGGGAGGAAUAGGGGAGUCAUGGAAAGAAUAGAGUAGGAACAAAUAAACAAGGGAUGGCAUGUUCGGCCUGGACAAAAACCC